AUGAGCAGAUUGAAUAUGGUAUGCGAUACUCGCGAUACCUUUUAUGGCAGAAAUGUUUUUGAAACAUGGAAGAAGGAGCAAAGAUGGUGGAUUCACGAGACGUCACAGCUGGACUAUCAAUUUCCUGAGUUAGAACCGUCCAGGUUUGAAGAAGGCCUUCAAUGUGGGACAGUUACGAAUGGAAUCAAUUGUGCAGAGCCUACAAUUUGUCUGAAUCUUUGCUGGUCCCGAGACGGCACGUCUUUGGUCGCAGUCUUCAACGAUUAUGGCGUACGUCAGUAUUUGGUGCCUGAAAUUUCUGGCUCGCCUUUGAUACCAUUCAAGCGGUUCUUUAGGCCGCAGUCGAUAGUUGAGAGUUGUGUACAUCCACUAUACUCAAUCUUUGACGGUGACAAGGGCGUCAACGUGAUGUUGUCAUCUUCCAAGGAAUUACCUCUGCAAUUGUUCUCUCUGUCCCCACAUGCUUCGGAACACGCGCCUCUCUAUAGCUAUUCGGUAGCUAAUGUGGAAAAUGAGCGAUUUGAGACAAUGUAUUCGUUAAGCUUUCACCAAGAAUCGGCUUUUCUUGCAGGCUCGUCAAGAAAUAAAAUAUUCGCCUACGACCUCAAUCGUAAACACCCCGUCUGGAGCAGCACUAGGGACAAUCUAAAAAUGAGGCGUAGACCCGCACACCGUAGCAUUGUGUCUUGCUUUGACGAAAUAAUCGACUUAGAGCAUAAGCCGAUGCGCUUCGCAGCGACAUAUAACAACGAUGUUUUGGGUGUUGAUCUUCGAUGUCAAAAACUGGCACUGUUGGCAAGCGGGGAAGAUCUCGGUAUAAAAAGUGGAUCAGGUGGAAUCGUCCAACUUCUCUUCAGUGUUAACAAACAUUUCAUGUAUGUGAUAAAGAGAAACAGUAAAUUUAUUGAUAUCUUAGACGCUCGAAGAGGAUUUUCGAAAAUAAACGAAUUGGCUCUCCCCUUCAAGAUCGGUUCUCAAAAGUUCAAGGCGACGCUGGACAUUCUCAAUGGUUUAUUGAUUGGCACGAUAGAUGGAUACAUAUUGCAGUGGCCUAGCGAUAUGGUCGAGUUUGGAGGGCUGGUAUCGAGAGAGGAACAGCAGCCUCAAUCAGAACGCAUCCCAGUAAUACUCGAAGUUGAUCAACGGAGAAGCCGAGUAAACAUAGUAAAGUCGAACCCUGCUAAUCCUCAACUCAUAGCAACCUCUUUUUCGCCCGACAAAUUCGACUCAGAGUGUGAGGUACUAUCCGGAAUAUCUCUAGUUGAACUAUAG